UUAAGUUAAAAAGUGCCAGCUCCAAGCCAAUCCAUGUGGAGUUUUCACACAGCCCGCCUCUGGGUCAGAUGAUAGCGACGGUGAAGAAGAAUCGAUGCUACUUGCCUCCUUCUCUACUAGAAAAAACCCACUUCUUCUCCUCCUCCCUCAGACUCUCUCCAUGCCAAUGGCCUCGCGCGAUUCGAUCUGGCCGGCGCCACGGACGAUCCACGACGAGGAUCGGCAGCGAAUCAUGGAGCUGGGGCUGCUGUGCAACGUCCCCAUGGCGCUCACUGCCGCGAUCCGGUUGGACGUGUUCCAGAUCAUCGCCAGCGCGGGAUGCGACGCGAUGCUCUCGGCGGCAGAGAUCGUCGCGAGGAUCCCCGGAUGCCAAAGCCCGGCGUUGGGCGGCAUUGUCCUGAAUCGCAUUCUAAGGGUUCUUGCGAGCAGGGGGAUAUUUCGCGAGGACGUCGAGCGCGAUGAUCCUGCCCCGGCGGCCAUCCGGCGCUACGGCCUCACCAAUCUCUGCCGCUUCCUCCUCAAGGACGAUCGUGGCGCGUCACUGGCGCCGUGGAUCUCCCUCAACCACGACGAGAUCUUGAUGCGGCCGUGGCAGUUCUUGGCCGAUGCCGUGCUGAGCGGCGGGCAGACUAGUCCAUUCUCGCUCGCGCACGGCGGCGAGCAUUUCUUCCAGCUCGCGUCGCGCAGCAAUCGGCUGGAUCGCCUCUUCACGUCGGCAAUGUGCGAUCACUCGAUGAUCUUCCUGCCCGCGAUCCUGGACGAGUACCGGGGAUUCGCCAGUGCCGGCACGAUCGUGGACGUCGGCGGGGGUGUCGGCGUCGCGCUGCGCGACAUUCUGGCCGCGCAUCCCAGCAUCCAGCACGCGAUUAACUUCGAUCUUCCCCACGUUAUAGCCCGAGCUCCAGAGCUCGCUGGUGUGAAGCACGUCGCCGGGGACAUGUUUGACGAGAUCCCACAAGGAGAUACGUUCUUGAUCAAACUGGUUCUUCACGACUGGAGCGACGAUGACUGCCUUAAGAUCCUUGGGAACUGUCACAAAUCGCUGGCCAGCCAUGGCAAGCUCGUUAUCGUGGAUGCCGUGCUGCCCAGCGGCGUGGAAUACGACUUGGGAUCUCGUCACGUAUUGGCCAUGGAUUUGCUGAUGCUAUCCUGCUGCCCGGGAGGCAAGGAGCGAAGCCUGCAAGAUCUGGAGGCGCUCGCCAAGGCCGCCGGUUUUACUCCGCCGCGAGUGGUGCUCACUGUCGACUACUUGUCAGUGAUUGAGCUGCACAAGCAGGAGAAAAAGAGCCACCACCCAAAACGUCAAACUUGUACACCGGCCUAGGCCUAGACCCAGACUUUUGUUGCGAAGAAAACUACGAGCGGUCCGACGGCCGUCCACGUGGGACCCCUAA